AUGUCCUCGCAUCCCCAAGAUAUCGUUCAAGAGCUCUCCCUUCGUAAUCCGGAGGAGUUCUGGGGUCACCAUGCGAAGCAAUUGCAUUGGCAUCGCCGUCCUUCUCGGGCUCUUAGACGGACUACCAAGCACUUGCGAAACGGAGUCAGCCAUGAACACUGGACGUGGUUCCCUGACGGCGAAAUUUCAACCACGUACAACUGUAUUCAUCGCCAUGUUAACAAUGGCCACGGGGAGAACGUGGCCAUCAUAUGGGAAUCUCCCGUAUCGGGAGGCAAGCAAAAAUUGACCUAUCACCAGCUUCAGACUGAGGUGGAGCUUUUAGCUGGAGUCUUACACGAGGAAGAAGUCCGCAAGGGAGAUGUUGUCCUCAUAUAUAUGCCCAUGAUCCCUGCUACCAUCAUCGCAGCUCUAGCCAUCGUCCACCUUGGAGCCAUCCAUGCCGCGGUCUUUGGUGGCUUUGCAUCGACCGCUCUCGCACAGCGCAUCGAGGCGGCCAGGCCAAAAGUAGUCAUGACCGCUCCCUGUGGCAUUGAAGGCUCAAAAGGUCCAUUGGCCUAUCGCCCGCUCGUUGAAGGAGCCCUUGCAAAAAGUAGCUUCAAGCCGGAGAAGGUCAUCGUCUGGCAAAGAAAGCAGCUACAAUGGAACGAUCUCGACGAGGGAUGCGGUCAGAGAGACUGGCAGAGCCUGACUGACAGCGCCCGUCUGCGAGGAGUGACAAUGGAGCCGGUUCCCGUCAAAAGUGAUGAUGGCCUAUAUGUCAUUUACACCAGUGGUACAACGGGACAACCGAAAGGUGUGCUGCGGGAAGCCGGGGGUCAUGCGGUUGGACUUAAUCUUUCCAUUCAAUAUUUUUUUGGUUUGCGCGGUCCAGGCGAUGUGAUCUUCUGCGCUUCCGACAUUGGAUGGGUCGUGGGCCACUCCUAUAUCCUGUAUGCUCCCUUGCUUGUUGGUGCCACAACCAUCCUGUACGAGGGCAAACCGGUCGGUACUCCGGAUGCCGGAGCAUUCUGGCAGCUAGUGGAAGAGCAUCAGGUGAAUGUGCUCUUCACUGCUCCGACGGCCCUUCGGGCUAUCUGCAAGGAGGAUCCCGACAACCAAUUAUUCCACACAGUGGGAAGACGGGACGGCCUGAGGUCGUUACGGGCUCUGUUCCUGGCCUGGGAGCAGAGCGGACCCAAGCUGAUUGUGAGGUUCCAGGAUCUCCUGAAGAAAUAUGCCGCUCCUGGAGCGGUGGUGAUCGAUAACUGGUGGUCGUCUGAAUCGGGCUCGCCAAUAUCCGCAUUGGCAUUACAUAGUCCAGCUGGCCAGGUUGAUCGCUCUCCUGCUGAGAUGGCGAGACCGCUGCCCGUGAAGCCUGGAUCGGCUGGUAAACCUAUGCCAGGUUUCGACGUCCGGGUGGUGGACGAUUCGGGCAAGGAAGUCCGACCAGGGACGAUGGGGAAUAUCGUUUUGGCCAUACCUCUGGGGCCGAGUGCAUGUACCACGCUCUUUAAUGACCCCGACCGAUAUUACCGGGGGUAUCUGAAACGAUUCAACGGUCGCUGGGUCGACACGGGGGACGCGAGGAUGAUUGAUAAUGACGGAUAUGUCCAUGUCAUGUCACGGUCGGACGACAUUAUCAAUGUUGCCGCUCAUCGAUUCAGCACGGGGGCCAUUAAACAAGCGAUUCUUCUCCACCCGGAUGUCAGUGAAGCCAGUGUGGUCGGCAUCCCAGACCCUCUAAAAGGUCACCUCCCAUUCGCCUUUACUCAGCCUCGUUCGAGGUCGUCAGGGUCUCAUUCCAUCCCGGCGAUCCCACCCCCAGACUUCUUCCACGCGGUCAAUCGACUGGUGCGCGGUCACGUCGGAGCCAUCGCCUCCCUCGGCGGCAUCAUCCAAGGUCACGGCAUGAUUCCCAAAACCCGGAGCGGAAAGACUCUCCGACGCGUGUUGAGGGAACUGGUCGAGAAUGCGGCCCAAGGUCGCUAUACGGCUGCAGUGAAUAUCCCGCCGACGGUGGAGGAUGCAGCGGUGGUCGAGGUGGCUCGAACGAGAGUGAAGGCCUACUUUGAAGAAAGGAGGGCAAGGCAAGAGCUGGCGAAGCUGUGA